GGGAGGUUAAACGGCGCAGCGCGGCGCCUGCCUCGCCGGCUGCUAUGGCGGCGGCAGCCACGGCCGUUUCCCCCCUCGCGGGCUGCCCCAACGGCUCGCGGUGGGUGCGCGACGUGUUCAACGAGUGCGCCCGCGACGGCCGCGACGUGGCCAGCGUGGUGCUGGGGCUCGUCUCCAUCGGCUGCUUCGCCGCCGCCUCCUUCCCGCAGCUGUACCAGGCCUGCAAGACGGGCAUCAUGGACCAGGCUCUCUCCAUCUACUUCCUGCUGGGCUGGCUGGGCGGAGACCUCCUCAACCUCAUCGGCUCCUUCCUGGCUAACCAGCUGCCCCUGCAGGUUUACACUGCCAUUUACUACGUGCUGGCAGACCUGGUCAUGCUGUCCCUGUACUGCUACUACAAAGCCAAGAACCAAAGUGGAGGAUUCCGUGCUCUGAUCAACGCUGCCUUUGUCUUCGUUUUCCUCGGAACGGCGUCAACCGUGUCCUUCCUGGGCAGAGACACCGGCUUGGUGCGGGAACCGGCUGCGUUCAAAGGGAGGGCUCUGCUGUCCGCUGGUGUGCAGGAGUCCGGGUAUACGCCGUUCACCAGGAAUGAAAUGAUCGGCUUCGCCAUCGGCUCCAUCUCCUCCGUGCUGUACCUGUGCUCCCGGCUCCCCCAGAUCUACACUAACUACAAGAGGAAAUCGACUGUUGGGGUCUCCUACUCCCUGUUUGCUCUGGUGAUGCUGGGGAACACUUUGUAUGGCGUCAGCGUGCUCCUGAAGAACCCAGAGCCGGGCCAAAGCGAAGGCGACUACAUCCUACACCAUCUUCCCUGGCUCAUCGGCAGCCUGGGUGUCCUCUCCCUUGACGUAAUUAUUUCUUUCCAGUUCCUCCUUUACCAGAGAGAAAGGCCUGGUGCUCCGGAAGAGGGAGACGCCCUUCUUGGCGAGCAGGACGAGCCCUUUGACAGCUGACCAAGGGCGCUUGCCCCAGCAUGAGGACAUGAUGAUGCAGGCAAGAAAGCUGACUUUAAAGCCAGGCAAACUGGACUCUCCAUCCUGUCAUCCUCUUUGAGUGGCCCCUGGCAGAGGAGGCCACAAGGCAGGGAGUGAUGUGUUAUGCUGCUAAAGUGUCCUGCCUGCCUAGGACUCCGCUGGGAGACCUCGUGUCUUGUCGAUACCAAUGAUGCUAACAGCAUAAACGGGGAAGAACUAGAUACCUCAGACGGUCGCUCUUCACUGCCCUUGAGCCCCACAGCUGCGCUUGGCCACUUCUGCUCUCUGUACUGUAUCUCAAAGGGGAUCUCGAGCUUCCCUGUUACUGGCAAAAGUGAAAAGAGCCCAAGGAGCUGCGGGGAGGGGACAGAGCUAAGAGUGGCCCGUCACCUGCACAAACACACUUCCCUUCUGCCCUUCGCUCGCUGCUGCGCUCUCACCUCCACCGCUGAAAUUCUGGAAGAGCCGGCAGUGAGGGGAACUGGUGAGGAGAGGGAGUAGCAAAAGUGUUUUAGUCCACGCAUAUGUAUUUUGAUUGCAAUGGCUCACACUUCUAUAAAAACAAGUCCUUGCCCCCCACCCAUGCCUCCGUUGCUUUUGUUCUGCAGGUUUAUCUGGCUGUUGCUGCCUCUUAACUUUGUGUUCCCCCUUUCCCAGAAACGCAUGGACUUUGCUGCCUUUCGUUUUGCUGUGGCUUUCAGCAAGGCUGCAGUCCUGGCUGCUGGCUUUCUGCUCAGGCUUGGUUUUAGUCCCAUCCUCUCUCCCUGACAAAUUUAUCCCCAACUCCUCUGUCCCACCCCCUUCCUAGCGGUGUUCAUGAUAGCCCUACACCUCGGCUGAGGGCUAGACAGGAGAAACUAUCUUCCUUUCUCCGUUACCUGUGCUCACUUCUGUCAACCAUCAGCUCUCCUAACAUCCACCCGUCCCAGCUGCUCACCUCCUGAGCCCCCGUUUUAAGCCCUCUCAUUGUUUGUUUGUUUAUCAUCGUUGCUUUCCUCUUGCUCAGCCUGUCCUGUGACAUCUGCCCUUCCCUGGGAAGGGGAAGUCGUUGCUCCCUGUGUCCGUCCUCGCUGAGCCGCAGCUCCGUGUUUACGCAAUACAGCCUUGACAGCUGCAAAAUAGGAGUCACGCGACUAAAUGCAUAUCAGGCUACGGCAGCAGGUUGAUUAAAAGAAAAACUGAGCCCCUGAAUUGACUGAGCUCACCUAGAGGAUGGUGAACUAAACUAAAGGAGGCAAAAAAUACAUGUAACUUAAUUCCUUCCCCCUCAGGUGCAGUUGAAACACCGAUAAGGGUGAUGCUGGUUUAGGGCUGCUUUAAUUCAGCCCUACUCGGUUUAGGUAGGAUGGGAGCAAGGUGAAACAGCCGCUGAUGCUCUGCUCUAAUUCAGCCCUGUUCCCGGAAGAGCCUGCGAUUUAAGAUUUGAGAAAUACGUGAGCAUUGCAGCGCAGCAGGAGAGGUGCAGGCACGAAUGAACUUGUCCCGAACUUGCGGAAUAACACGACAGCAGAUUCAGGAAGUUGCAGGCUCGUAGAAGCCAAGCCCGAUCUGGAGGUUUGUAGCCAAACACUUAAUUUAUGCCGCUUCAAGAAGAGGAAUAAACUGACGCACUAGCUGUGCCUAUCUCAAAGCUUCUACCUGCACAAUUUUUCUGUGAAAAGUGCUUGUCCUCCAUAUGCCACAAAAGGAACUGAAAUCAGAUGCUCUUUUGUUCCGGCUUGUGUGCAGGGACAGCUUUGGCGAAGGAAAGCCAACCCACGCCCUCCUGCUCCGAACCCUUCGCGCACACACGCCCGCUGCAAUCGGAAACGGCAGCGAGGAAGCGAGAUGCUCCCCCCCGUCCCGGCUUCACAUGCUAUUUUUUUUUCCAGCUUCAACGCUUCACGCGAACUUAUUUCUGACAUCAAAAAGGGUCUGAGAGGCAACACCAACAAAAAUCCCAGCAUGAGCCCCUCAGCGCUGCCCGCUUUAAGGCGAGCAUAUGCGCGCGCCCUUUCUCCAGCCUGCGUCCCAUAUGAGUCGCGUUAGAGCCCGGAGGCCCCUGGGUAAAUACUUCGGCACGGGACCAUAAUCACCUGCAGAUGUCUGGAUGUUAAACGGGUCACGCUGGAAAAGCAAAAUUAGAGUAAAAUUAGAG